CAUCAUGUUGGCCAGGAAGGGCCUCCUGCCGGACGGUUUCCUGCUGACCCGUCUGGCGGAGGACCAGAACCAGCCGAACCGCGGCCGCUUCAGGUCUCAGAGAGCCCGCUUCAUCACCAAGACCGGAUCCUGCAACGUGGCCCACAAGAACAUCCGGGAGCAGGGUCGGUUCCUGCAGGAUGUUUUCACCACCAUGGUGGACCUCAAGUGGCAGCACUCCUUCCUCAUCUUCACCUCGGCCUUCCUCUGCUCCUGGAUGCUCUUCGCUAUGAUCUGGUGGCUCCUGGCCUUCGCUCACGGAGACCUGGAGCCCCGUGACCCCAACGGCGAGCCGGGCCCCGUCCCCUGCGUCACCGCCAUCCACUCCUUCACCUCAGCCUUCCUCUUCUCCAUUGAAGUCCAGGUGACCAUCGGGUUCGGGGGCCGGAUGGUGACAGAGGAGUGUCCUCUGGCCAUCACCGUGCUGAUCAUCCAGAACAUUCUGGGGCUGAUCAUCAACGCCGUGAUGCUCGGCUGCGUGUUCAUGAAGACGGCGCAGGCCAACCGACGAGCAGAGACGCUCAUCUUCUCCAGAAACGCCGUCAUCGCUCCACGAAACGGUCGCCCGACAUUCAUGUUCAGAGUCGGAGACCUGAGGAAGAGUAUGAUCAUCUCUGCCACCAUCCAGCUGCAGGUGAUCCGGCGGACGGUGACGGCGGAGGGCGAGGUGAUCCCGGUCUGCCAGCUGGACAUCCAGGUGGAGAACCCUCUGAGGAGCAACGGCAUCUUCCUGGUUUCUCCUCUGAUCAUCAGCCACACCAUGGAGAGAGGGAGUCCGCUGUACGAGCUCUCCGCCCAGUCGCUGGCCUCCGAGGACCUGGAGAUCGUCGUCAUCCUGGAAGGUGUGGUGGAAACAACGGGGAUCACCAUGCAGGCUCGGACCUCCUACACUCCUGAGGAGAUCCUGUGGGGGCGGCGCUUCGUCUCCAUCAUCACGGAGGAGGACGCCCGUUACUGCGUCGACUACUCCAAGUUCGGCAACACGGUUCCCAUCAAGAUGUCGUCCCUCAGCGCCAAGGAGCUGGACCAGACCAGGGGCAUCCAGGAGGGCAGCUCCAACACAGGCCAGCUGCAGGGCUGGGGCCUGGUCCGGGCCGGCAGGGGGGGCUUCCGCAGGGGAGGCCGGACCUGCGAUAGCUCCGCCCCUCAGCCCUGGUACGCCCAAUCAGAGACUCCAAAGGAAGAGGUUGAGAAGAAAGGACAGAAGAAGAAGGUGCAGCUGGAGGUGAUUGGACGACAGAUUGAAGAGGACGGACUGGGAGAGAUGAGCGACUGA